AAGGUUGUACCUUCUCGGUGAUGCUGAUUGUUUUUUUUUCUUCUUUUGUCAAUUAUUUCUUAUUUCCAGCUAUUUCAUGAAUGUAAUUAUGAAAUGGCAACUUUUUGCUUCGAAAGAGCUAAAGAUUUUUACUGGGAGGAAAGGUGUAAAGCUACUGCCCUUAAAGCUGAUGCUGACCGCAUCCGCAGUUUAAACCCUGUGGAGGCUAAUAUCAAACUAAGGCAAGCUGCUAUAAAAUUUGAAGCUAUAAGCAAUGCUGAUUCAGCCGCCAAAUGUUUUUAUGAGUCGGGGGAGUAUGAAAGAGCUGAGGCUUUGAUAGAAAAUGCAGAUGAUGAAAAGAGCAUUUUGUUGAAUGCCCCAGCAGUUGAGCAGAAUAGGAGUACUAAAGGCAAGGCAACAGAGGCGGGAUCAGAAGAGAAAUUGGAUAAGGACAGUAAGGAGGCAUUGCAAGUUCAUCUAGCUUCUGGUUCCCAGUGGCCAGAAAAUUCUGAGAAGACUGAAAGCAAGGGGAAGGGAAAGAAAAAGCCUAAGAGAAAGAACAAGCGAAAUGAAUUCUGGCAACAGAAAGAUACGCAAAUGAUGAUGAAAUUCAAUCAUGACAGCACUCUUUAUAAUAAAAAAUUCAAUGAAUUGAGCCCAGGAGGGCGAUGAAAGAAUCUCCUGCAUCUGUCAUACUAAUGGCAGAUUGUUUCAUUUCCCUGUGGUUUGUUGGUGGACUCACAGGCUUCCGUUUGUCUCUCAUCGGCACAAAUCAGCUACUGAAGAUUUCCCAGCGUCGUAAUAUUGAAGAAAUAGAAGGGGGCAUCCGUAGUAGAGGUAACAAUGGUCCUCCCCAUAAUGCCGCAGAGGUUGAAAAUGUUAUGAGUUCAGAUAUCCGUGCUCCCACCAUUCGAGCAGAUACUCGGCACUCAAGUUGGGGAAGAAGUGGUGGAAGCUGGGAAAUUUCACCAAAUGUUCUUGCCAACUCCACUGUCACUGAAAGUAGAGGCUACAAUGCUCCAAAGGAAGCACGCCAAUGAUGGGUUAUUUAACUUGCUCUUAGUGUGAUCACAGUAAUGAUGUUUGAAAUAUAUUGAUGCAGAUUUUCAUGUAAUGGUUGGGACUUGAAAUUCCUCACCAUGCAUAUUGCUUUACAAAGUACUUUUUUUUUUAAGAAAUAAA